CGCGACACCAUUAAAAAGUUGUUAAUAAAACUCCACGACAGUACUGCAUUACUGGUAAAUUCACUUCAACAGAGACAAUGGCACAAAGCGGAAGUUGGUCUAGUGGCAGCGGCAGUGGCUCGUCAACAGCCCACAGUCGAGGAUUGUCAACAGCCCCACCCCAAGAAGAACGUCUUUUGGUGGCUGUCCGCGUUCGUCCUUCGUUUGAAAAUAGCGAACGUUGUAUUGAAGUGGUUUCUUCGAAAUCUCUUUUAUUUGAUGAUGGUGGCCGUGGCAAAGCACGAAAAUAUUCCUAUGAUAAUGUCUUUAAGGAGUCCGAUACACAGGAAGUAGUUUACAAAACCACCACAGCACCUUUGGUCAAAGAAGUUAUAAAAGGUUACAAUGCUGCUGUUUUCGCUUAUGGAGCCACUGGUUCCGGUAAAACUCACACAAUGCUGGGACCUUCACGAAAAAAAGGUUCAUCUGGAGAAAUCGAUGCCACAGGCUGUGAUUGUGGUUUAAUGGUACGAGCUAUAGAGGAAAUAUUUCAACAUGUAGAAAUGGCUGAAGACCCCAAUUCUUGUAAGGUUUCUAUAUCGUACUUGGAAAUAUACAAUGAAUUAAUACGAGAUCUGUUAAGUCCGGGAGGUCCCUUGGAAUUGCGAGAAGAUAAUAGGGGACAACGUAUUACAGUGGCUGGCCUUUCCGAAAUUACUACUUCUAGUCGUAAAGAAGUAGUUACUUUGUUGAUGAAAGGAAAUAAAGCCCGUACCAUGGAACCAACUGCUGCUAAUCAAACCUCAUCCCGCAGUCAUGCUCUCUUAAGUAUUUCAGUGCAAACAAAAACGCCUUUAGGUGUUAAACAAGGCAGACUAUUUCUAACGGAUUUAGCUGGUUCCGAAAGAGCUAAGAAGACCAAGAAUCGUGGUAAACGUUUGCAGGAGGGGGCUCACAUUAAUAGGUCCCUGUUGGCUUUGGGUAAUUGUAUAAAUGCCUUGUCGGGUGGAGCUCGUUAUGUCAACUAUCGUGAUUCGAAAUUAACACGUUUGCUUAAGGAAGCUUUAAGUGGUAAAUGUAAGACUGUUAUGAUUGCCCAUGUUGCUCCAGAAAGCAAACAUAGGGAUGAAACGAAAAACACUUUAGUCUAUGCCGAUAGGGCCAAUAGUAUAACGACUCGCUUACAGAACUCGGUGUAUGUGGAUGAAAUGCAAAAUUUCCCUACCAAACAUUAUCAGCAUUUGGUGUCAGAGCUGAGAGAUGAAGUAUCACGUUUACGUACUAAAAUGUUAACAGAUCGUCCUAGAAGUGCGGCUGUGGCGCCAGCAACUAUCGAAGAGCCCCCCAAAGUGGCAGAGAGCGAUGAAAAGCGUAAAACUGAACUUAGAUAUUUGAGGGAGCAAAUAGUUUUGACGUUUAAGCAACAAAUGAAGUUAAGGCGUAAACUUUUGGAAGCUGAAAGUCAUUUGUUGGGCUUGGAAUUGGAUGCUGAGCGUCAGCAUAUGAUUAUAUCACACUGGCAGGGUCGCAUGGGUAAAUUGUAUGAUACACCAACUGAAGAUGGUGAGUUGUAAUAAAUAUUAAAGCAACAAUUUAAUACAUAUAUUGCAAUAUAAAAUUGUUUUCUAGACAUUGAAUCGGAGGGUACAAUUGCUUUGAAAAAUGCUUGGGGAGAGUUGGCGGCCAUUGAGAAAGAAACCAGGAGAUACAAAGAAAUUCGUGAAAGGACAGAACAGGAAUUGGAAUUGUGCCGCCAAAAGGGGGUACAAUUGGAAGAUGAGUUACCUGAACGCAUUAGCAGUGAUGAGGAAAGAGAGUUGUUGGCUUUGCUAUGCAGAGUACAUGAGCUGGAAGCUGAUAAAGUAUCGUUGCAAGCCGAAAGAUUAGCCAGACAAGCUGAGUUACGUAGAAGAGAUUUGCAGCUAUUAAGAGCCGAAAGGCAAAGAAGAUUAUGUGAAGACAUUAUAAGUUCCCAAAGACGCUUAAUUGAAGAGGGCAACGUUGAAUUACCAGAUGAAUUACGGGAAUUGUAUGGCCUUUAUCAGCAAGAAAUACAUGCUGGCACGGUAACAGCUACAGCAGCUUAUGAACGCAAAUUGCCACCCAUUUAUACAGCUGGAUCUGAUUCCCCCUGCUCCAGCUCAAGUUCCGAAUGGUCUCCCUCUUCCCCUUUGCCACCCAUUGAAAGUGGACAACCCAUAGCCGAAAUAUCAAUAACAGAUAAUCCGGAUCGUCAUAUGGGUCCAGCAGUGCACUCGCGUCUACCCAAAUUAGCAGCCACAAAUAGUUCAGCAGCUCCUCCCUCCCGAAGACUUAUGAGAUUAAACAAAUAAAAAUCACACUCAACCCCAUAAGAAUUUUUAACACAAAAUUCCUUACAAGAGCCUAAGGAAAAGACAAACGUGCUGUAGCUCAGGGAAAAAUUUUAAAAAUUUCAUUAAAAAAAGCUUGUUGAUUUGAAAAUUG